AUAUAUCGUAGACUCGCAUUAGAAGUUGCGGCUUCCCGGUCGGAGACUGCGAGAGGAAUUUCCGGCAAGCUUUAUAAUCUCUGAUGAACUUUUCUUGGGGCCCGCUGUAGUCCGCUUACAAGAAAAGCUUUUCAAUUUAAUCAGAAAGUGCCUUUUUAACGAUUUGGAAACCCAAUUCUUUUCGAUGGUUUUGUUUGUGGGUACGACUCUUCCACCCACUUCUAUGGCCUGUCUUGCUGCUCUCAGAACCCAAGUUCAACUUCGAAGCUCUGCAUUUUCGAUUGCUCGAAAAGGGUUUUCCUCCUUUCAACGCAUUGCCCAAUCUCGCCUUCAAUCCGGAACUGAAAUUAGGCAGAAUGUAGAGGUUUCUGGUGGUGAGAUUGGAGGGACGAUAUCUGCCAAUGAAUCAGAAAUAAUAUUUAUAGGUACGGGUACCAGCGAAGGAAUCCCACGAGUGAGCUGCCUGACUGAUCCUGUAAAGAAAUGUCCGGUAUGCUUCAAAGCUGCAGAACCGGGCAAUAAAAACAGGAGGCUUAAUACCAGUAUCCUAGUUCGAUAUGUUGGACCUUCUGGAAAUCGUAAUAUUCUUAUCGACGUUGGAAAGUUUUUCUACCACAGUGCUCUCCGAUGGUUUCCAGCAUUUGAGAUAAGAACAAUUGAUGCAGUUAUUAUUACACAUUCUCAUGCCGAUGCAAUUGGAGGUCUUGAUGAUCUUCGCGAUUGGACAAACAAUGUCCAGCCUUCAGUCCCAAUUUAUGUGGCUCAACGUGAUUUUGAGGUGAUGCAGAAGACUCACUAUUAUUUGGUAGACACAAGUGUAAUUUUACCUGGUGCUGCAGUUUCAGAAUUGCAGUUCAAUAUCAUACCUGAGGAGCCUUUUGUAGUCAACGAUUUGAAGGUUACACCUUUACCAGUUUGGCACGGUCGUGGCUAUCGUUCAUUGGGUUUUCGAUUUGGGAAUGUUUGUUACAUUAGUGAUGUUAGUGAAAUACCUGAAGAAACUUAUCCAUUGUUGAAAGAUUGUGAAGUUCUCAUACUGGAUGCAUUACGGCCUGAUCGAUCUUCUUCCACCCACUUUGGGCUUCCAAGAGCUUUAGAGGAAGUAAGGAAAAUACAACCAAAGAGAACUCUAUUCACUGGUAUGAUGCAUUUAAUGGAUCAUGAAGAAGUAAACGGUUAUCUGUUGAAGCUGAAGGAAACUGAAGGUCUUGAUGCUCAACUAAGCUACGAUGGGCUUCGAAUACCAGUAACCCUCUAACCACAUUUUAUUACUUUAAUGUUUUUCCCCAUCCAUUCUUUCACUAAUUUGAGUUAGAUCAAUAAAAUGUCAUACUAUAUAAAUACGCACACACACAAAUAUUUACAUUAUUUGGCUCUCAAAUGUAAACCCACGAUCUCCACUUUGAUCUGGCUUUAUAGAUAUCUUUGAGCUCUCUCUUCUGUAACUUUCAUUAUGUUACCAUUGAGAUUAGAUCACUUUUGUUGAGGGUGAGUUUGGGAUCAUUUUAAAAGGUUAAAAGGGUUUCACUCUUUAGAAACUUUUAGGGUUUGGGUUCCUUUUUCUUCUAUGAAUUCGAUCCUAGUGUGCUUGAAAUGAACUAA